GUUGUUGUGAAUGCACUCUUGGGAGCUAUCCCCUCAAUCUUGAACGUUUUGCUCGUCUGUGUUGUCUUCUGGCUCCUAUUUAACAUUGCAGGAGUAAAAUUACUUGGAAAAAAAUUUUGGAAAUGCACACUCAAGAAAGGAAAUAUCAGUCUAAUUGAUAACAAAUAUAAUUGUACUUUCUAUAAUGGAACAUGGACAAAUAAUGCUGUAAACUUUGAUAAUGUUGGGAUGGGAUACUUGGCUCUUCUCCAAGUGGCAACGUUUAAAGGUUGGAUGGAUAUUAUGUAUGCAGCAGUGGAUUCACGUGAGAUAGAUGACCAGCCAAAGUUUGAAGCAUUCUUAGCCAUUUAUAUGUAUUUUGUGGUUUUCAUUAUUUUUGGAUCUUUCUUCAUGCUGAAUCUUUUCAUUGGAGUGGUUAUCAGCAAUUUUAACCAACAAAGGAAAAAGAUAAGUGGAAAAGAUCUAUUUUUGACUGAGGAACAGAAAAAGUACUAUAACGCUCUAAAAAAACUUGGAUCCAAGAAACCUCAAAAACCUAUCCCAAGACCAUUGAAUGUGUUCCAAGGAUUACUGUUUGAUAUAGUAUCCCACAAAGCAUUUGACAUUACUGUUGUGACUUUCAUCUGUCUAAAUAUGGUCAUUAUGAUGGCAGAAAAUAGCCAGAACAGCGUCAAGGAUGUCCUUAAUAAAAUCAACUUCUUUUUUGUGGCAGUAUUUACUGGGGAAUGUGUCAUAAAAAUACUAGCCCUAAGACAUUACUUCUUCACCAGUGGCUGGAACAUAUUUGAUUUAGCUGUUGUGGUCCUUUCACUAGUUAGUAUUGGACUUUCUGAAGGCUUUCGAACUUUGUUCUCUCCUACGCUUUUGAGAAUUUUUCGUUUGGCACGAAUUGGCCGAAUCCUGAGAUUAAUUCGAAAAGCUAGAGGAAUUAGAACUCUUCUUUUUGCAUUACUGAUGUCUCUUCCCGCACUGUUCAACAUUGGUCUUUUGCUUUUUCUGCUUAUGUUCAUUUAUGCCAUUGUGGGCAUGACAAACUUUGCCUGUCUUGGCUGGGAAGGUGGGAUUAAUAACCUUUUCAAUUUUCAAACCUUUAUAAGUAGCAUUCUCUGUCUCUUCCAAAUUACAACAUCAGCUGGCUGGGAUGGUCUUUUGGUCCCUCUGUUAAAAGGAUCUGAUUCAUGUGCUCCCAACUUAAAUUUAACAUAUGAACAGAAAAAAAAUUGCACAAGUAAGGGGGUUGGUAUUUUAUUUUUUGUAAGCUAUGUCAUUAUAUCAUUUCUCAUUGUUGUAAAUAUGUACAUAGCUGUCAUUUUAGAGAACUUCAGUGUUGCCACUGAAGAAAGCACAGAUCCUCUUUGUGAGGAUGACUUUGAUAUGUUUUAUGAGACCUGGGGAAAAUUUGAUCCUCAGGCAACACAGUUUAUUGAAUAUUCUGCUCUUUCGGACUUUGCAGAUGCUCUGGCAGAACCCUUACGCAUUCCAAAGCCUAAUAAAAUUGAGCUCAUAUCCAUGGACCUCCCUAUAGUUAGUGGAGAUAAGAUCCACUGCUUGGAUAUCUUGCUUGCUCUCACUAAAAGGGUCUUGGGAGAAUCUGGGGGUUUGGAUGGUCUUGAAUUACACAUGGAAGAAAAAUUUAUGGCUGCCAAUCCAUCUAAAGUUUCUUACAAGCCAAUUACUACUACCCUUAAAAGAAAACAAGAGGAGGUAUCGGCUCUUACUAUUCAAAGGGCCUUCAGGAGGUAUUUGAUGCAGCGUUCUUUUAAAAAUAAACGUCAUAAACGUUAUAACAGUGCUGUCUUUGAAGAAGAAACACAUGAGAAGAAAAGUCUUAUUUCAUCAAUGCGUAAUGAAAAUAAUGGUAGGAAGCUAGAUAAAUCAAGGGCUACAUCUUCCAUCUCUCUCCCUUUAUUUUAUGAUGGUAUUGCUGAAACAGAUAGCGAUAACGUGGACACAUAA